GACCUUCUAUUAUUUGUAGUAGUUGUUAUAGAGUUCUUGUCCCUCUCCCCGCCUAACUUUUCUAUUGCCAUUCUACCUUCCAUCCAUCUCCUCCACCCCGAAAACUCAAAAUUCCAAUUCUCCCUCAUCUCUCUUUCCUUCCCCAUUUCUUUCCUGCAAUCUACAUAUAGACACAUAGCAUUUGUGCCUGUAUUUCUAUCCAUUCAAGAAAGAAAAAUCCGAUUCCAAAUACAGUUCAGCAGUAAGAGAGAAAGAAGCCAAGCCAUAUAAGGCAGGGACCGGAACAACAGAGUGUUAAACCAAAACGAUGGCAGAUAGAGUAUACCCGGCAGCCAAGGCCGCUGCCAACGGCACCACUACCACCGCUGCAGCCGUGAACCCAACAUUUCCACCCACCAAAGGCCAGCUCUAUAAUAACACCACGCGCCCUGUCUACCGCCCCCAAUCACUCAGCAAGCGUCGCCACAGCCGCAGCUGCUGCUGUUCCUGCUGCCUCUGGACAACCCUCUUCAUCAUCCUCAUCCUUGUCCUCGUCGCCGUAGCCGGGGCCGUCUUCUGGGUUAUCUACCGUCCCCACCGCCCCAACUUCAGCGUCUCCUCCCUUCAACUGUCCCACUUCAACCUCACCUCCACUGGGGUCAACUCCAAAUUCAACUUCACGCUCGUUGCCCGCAACCCCAAUAAGAAAAUCAAGUUCUUUUACGAUCCCAUCAAUGUUUCCGUACUCUCCGACGGGGUUGACAUUGGUGAUGGAUCCUUCCCAAGUUUCGAACACGGGACUAAGAAUACUACCACUUUAAAAACUGUCAUCUCCAGCUCAGGUCAAAGUUUGGACGCUACACAGAUUUCUACGUUAAAAUCUGAUUUAAAGAAUCAGAACGGCGGCUUGCCCUUGAAAGUUCAGCUGAAUACUAAGGUGAAAGUGAAGGUUGGAGGGUUGAAAACAAAGAAAGUUGGAAUAAAGGUCACCUGUGAAGGGAUCAAGCUUGCCGUUCCCACCGGAAAGGCGCCAACCACCGCGACUACAUCCAAUAUCCAGUGUAAGGUUGACCUUCGAAUCAAGAUCUGGAAAUGGACGGUCUAAGCUCAAAGAGAUUUCUUGGGAGUUAGCAUUUACAAAAAAAGUUUUGUUAAUUUUC